CGCUUCCUCGUCCGCCGCCCGCCCGCCCGGCCGGCCGUCCGUCCGUCCGUCUCCCCCGCCCCGUCCGCGCUCCCGCGGGCCCGCUUCUCCCGGGAAGCCCUCGGCAGGCGCAUGGCUCCAUGAAGCAAGGGGAGGCGGAGUGCGAGAGGUCCCGUCCGCCGCGGCAGCGUCUGGGCCAGGAGACGAGGGUUCUGCAGCCGUCCAGACCUCAGGCACUGAAUCAGGAUGGGAAAAAGACGUUGUGUUCCUCCACUCGAGCCCAAGCUGGCAGCAGGCUGUUGUGGGGUCAAGAAGCCCAAACUAUCCGGAAGUGGAACGCACGGUCACGGGAACCAGUCCACCACUGUCCCCGGCUCUAGUUCAGGACCUCUUCAAAACCACCAGCAUGUGGAGGGCAGCAGCGGUCGGGAGAAUGUGUCGGACUUAACUCUGGGACCUGGAAACUCUCCCAUUACACGAAUGAAUCCCGCAUCGGGAGCGCUGAGCCCUCUCCCCCGGCCUAACGGAACUGCCAACACCGCCAAGAACCUGGUGGUGACUGCGGAGAUGUGCUGCUACUGCUUUGACGUCCUCUACUGUCACCUCUACGGCUUCCCACAGCCACGACUUCCGCGAUUCACCAAUGACCCCUAUCCACUCUUUGUGACAUGGAAGACAGGACGGGACAAGCGGCUUCGUGGCUGCAUUGGGACCUUCUCGGCCAUGAACCUUCACUCAGGACUCAGGGAAUACACGUUAACCAGUGCACUUAAGGACAGCCGAUUUCCCCCCCUGACCCGAGAGGAGCUGCCUAAACUUUUCUGCUCUGUCUCCCUCCUUACUAACUUUGAGGAUGCCAGUGAUUACCUGGACUGGGAGGUAGGGGUCCAUGGGAUUCGAAUUGAAUUCAUCAAUGAAAAAGGCGUCAGACGCACAGCCACAUACUUACCUGAGGUCGCUAAGGAACAAGACUGGGAUCAGAUCCAGACAAUAGACUCCUUGCUUAGGAAAGGUGGCUUUAAGGCUCCGAUUACCAGUGAAUUCAGAAAAACCAUCAAGCUCACCAGGUACCGCAGUGAGAAGGUGACAAUCAGCUAUGCAGAGUACAUCGCUUCUCGACAGCACUGUUUCCAGAACGGCACUCUUCAUGCCCCGCCCCUCUACAAUCAUUACUCCUGACACGCGGCUGCAUGACCAGUCUCGCCCCCCUGUGGCCGCCAGUGGCUAUGACAUCAUUGGAGCAGACGCCUCCUCUUCCUGGUCCAGUUACUUCUAUUACUGCACCAUUUUAUGACGCUAGCUUCCGUUGCCGAGCCUGCCUGCUGACUGAGGGGAGGGCAGGGGUUACUCUGAAUGAAGCAGAACUUACGGGGCCCAAGCCUUAUCUCAGCCUUUCCUCAAUAUGGGGUUCUGUUGGAUUGGGGCUCCUCCAUGACUAGUGAGAAUUACUUUGUGGGUUCAAAAGACUCUGGCAUGCAGGUGCCACUGGUGACUUGCUACCUGCGUGUUGGCCAUACAGUGGAAGCUGGAAUUGACGAUCCAAGAAGGCUUAACCCCCCCGCCACGCACACACCCUCCUACAACCUCCCCAGAUCAAGUAAGUGUAUUCUCCUGGCAGUCUGGGCAACGGAGAACCAACGAGAAACAUUUUUAGGUUGUUUUAAAGUCCUUUUGUUUUUUUUAAACUUCCAGUUUAUUGCAUACCAACCAAGAGUUGAUCGCAACCUCCACGCUUCAUUAAGUGGACGCCAUGUUAGGGUUGAAUGUGGGCGCCAAGAGCUCUUUGCGUCUCCUGGACAGAGACCCACACCCAGAUCGGAAGCCCUCCGGAUGGCAUUGCAGAUCUCAUUGCUCAAUUAGCCUUGAAGGUUUCAAUUCUCAUCCCACUAUCGGUUGGAUUUUUUUUGGCACUCUUCCUGCAUUGAGUCUCCUGGUAUUGAACAGAGCUCUGUGGUGUAGCCUGCGAAGGAAUGGACUAGGAUGCCUAUGGGAGGCCCUGAUGUCGUCGCUGCAUGCAGUGUGAAAAGAGAGACCUCUUCCUUACCACCCGGCUACCUCACUCCAUGGUAGCAGUGCCUAUAGCUGGAUCUAGGUUCUCAGAAGGCAUAGCUGUUCACAGAAGCACUCGGGUUGGGCUUUAAAAGGACAUGUCAGAGGAGGGAAUCCAGGGUUUCUGAGUUGUCUUUCUUAUCAGGCAAACAUUCCGAGGGACCUUUAAGCUGAGGAGUUCUUUUUCUAGCUUGUGCCUGUAGAAGUGGGAAGACUAGAUGUUGCAGUCCUUCAUGGGACUUCAGAGCCAAGCUGUGUAAUUCAUCAAACAAGGUGAAUCUUCAUCUUGCCUAACAUGCUGGGAACCUUCAUCCCCAGUAGGGCAGCGUCCCAGACAGCUCGUUUUAUUCUAGGUCACUCAGACUUUCAUAUGGCAUAGUUCCCCAUUCCAUUGUUGCCGAUUCCAAACAGCUGUCAGCAAGUCACUCCUCCCUCUUGCCUGUUCGCUCAUUUAGUGACAGAGUUCGUACAAGUUGGAGACUCGGAAGAUGCUUUGAAAACCUUGUCACAGAGGCACUUCUGAAGUAAUUCACAGGAAGAGGUGUGGCCAGUGGGAAGAAAGGACCCUAGGGGUGACACACUGGUGUUCAGCCACAUUCACAGAAAACUCUUGAAGUGAACUGGGUUUCUGUACACCCGGUGAACACAAUGCUUUGUUUAAUUUUUUAAGGUGGUGGUGGUGGUGGUGGUGGUGGU